AUGAAAUAUUUUACUGGUGAUGAAAGCGGGUUAAUCAAAUGGAUUGCUUUUCCUCCCAAAAUUAAAGAAGAGAAAAGACGUACUAAGAGGGUCAAAACAGAUGAUGAUGAAAAAGAAGACAAAAAACCGGAAGCUCUUCAACCAUUAAUGGGCGUUUUUGGAAAAGUAGAUAAAACACAAGCAAUUCAAAAAUUAGAAUGGGCUAUACUAGACAAUGAAAAAGUCCUACUUGUGGGUCGUAAAAAUGGAUUAAUUCAAUUUAUAUCUCCAGAAUCAGGAAAAGUUCUUAAAGAGUUUCAAAAUAAACAUGUUGGUACAGAAGAAAAGCAAGGUUAUUUUGUGGGUCUUUUUGUUCAUGAUCAACAUCUUUGUGUAUGUACAUCAACUGGCGAUCUUUCAUAUACACCUUUAGAUGCAACAAAUAGAGAGACAACAACUAUUAUGAAUCUUGGACCUGAUCUCGAAAUUAUGCGUCAUCAUCCAAUUUUAACUCAUAUCUUUGCUAUUGGUGGCAAGGAACGUGAUUUAUGUAUUUAUGACCUUACCAGUAUCUUACAAAAUAAAACAAAAGAAGCAAUAGGACCCAACAAAAAUACUUCUUCUCACAAGAAAAAUCAAAAUAACCCUGCUCUUGGUCUUGUAUUUCAAGCCAAGAAUGUUAAGAAUGACUUUUUAGACCUUCGACAACCUAUUUGGAUCCAUGAUUUACAAUUUGUGAAUAAGGAAGCUACUCAAGUGGCUCUUGUAACUCACUAUCAUCAGUUUCGUUUGUAUGAUACAAAGGCAGCACGUCGACCUAUUAAGAAUAUCGAGAUUGGAAAACAACCAUUUAAGAGAUUAUCAGUUGGCAUUGAUUAUAAUCAUGUCAUCUUCAGUGAUACCAUGAGUAAUGUCAUUAUGCUUAAUAUCCAAACAGGGAAAAAGACAGCUCAAUUUAAGGGAUUUACGGGUGCUGUAUCUGAUAUCACCACUGUACCUCAUCCUACUAUGACAGAUGAUGAAAAGAAAGAACGCUUUGUAGCUACUGUAUCUUUAGACAGAUUCUUAAGAGUACAUGAGACAUCGACUGUCUAUCGUCAUUUAACAGAUAAAGCUUAUUUGAAACAAAGAUUAACGUGUCUAUUAGUGGAUGAAAGUUAUGAAUAUCCUUUACCAAAGAAGAAUGAUGAGGAAGAAGAAGAAGAAAAUGCAAUGUGGGAAUCUAUGGAAAUGGCUACAGAUCGCAAACGAAAGCAUUAA